CGGUCCCCCUUUUUUUUGGGUUUUUUGAACCCACCCCUAGAUAUACGUAUGCCAUCUUUGUGGUGGAUUUGUGUCAAGGUACUUGUGGUAGUACGGAGGUGUUUGUGCUUGUGGUAGCCGUUAGGAGUUUUACUGUUAUGCUUAUUUGUGCGGGUUAUCUACAAAUUAACGUAUUGGCCACAGGAGAAUGUACUCAUACGACAACCUUUGUAAUUGUGUAAUUGUGUGUUAAACUUACUAUCGCUUCUUGUGAAAAAAAUAAAAAUAAAUAAAGAAGAUGAGUGUAAAAUUAUUGUAAUUUUUGGCUUUUCAUGCGUGUCGUUACUUUCUAGGUGGAGAUCAAAAAGAAUAAAAGGAAUAAGUCUGAGAAAGAAUGCGGAUGACGAUAAAUCAAUAUGAGAUAAACAACCCACUCUUGAUUAUUCAAUACCUUAGAAUCAUCAUGUACCCAAAAUCAACGAGACCUACCUACCUUUUCAUUUCAAUCAAACUAUUCGUGCUAGAAAAUGUUCUUUGCAUUCUCAUCGAGUUGAGUUUGAAUUUAUCAAAAGACUAAUUCUUAAGCGCUAAGUAUCUUCCUCAUUUGCUGCUGCUUUUCCAUCCUUUUUUUUUUUUUUUUUUUCAAAUUCCUUCAGGGCUAAGCAUACCCAGUUUCACAUGUUUAGUCAAGCCAAAAGAUGCUUUCAUGGGGAAUUGCCCCAAGACAAGCACAAAAGGACCUAUCACAUAAUUGCAAUUAAUCUUCCCUAAACAUGAUUAUCUUAUACUAAUUAAACUAAUGCUUUGCUCCAUGGAUUUCACAUGGGGUUUAAUUUAAAAGAUUUGUUCCACACUUAAUCAAAUUAUAUAUUAUAGACCUGCAGCUUGACAAAAGAAACACCAAUUUUUUAAAGUUUUCUUGUAUCCAUUUUUGGACAACUGCAAGAAUGGAACCCUAUGCAAAUCAUACCACUUCCAAAGAUUUUUUUUUAACUCAUUGGUUAAUCAAAAAACCAAAUUCUAGUUUGUAGAGUGAGGAAGAGGAUAGAAACUUACCUGCACUGAGGAUGCCAUUGUAACGGCAUUUCAAGUCAAUCAUGCAUUCUCAUUCAUUUUAACUUUCCCACAAAGCAAUACCUUUUUUACUUGGGAUACCGCUACAAUAGUACUCCGAUGCACCGAAGUCUUUGUCCACUGUGACUAGAACAUGUUUAGGUAGGACUAGAGUGUAUCAAAUUUUAUAUGGUAGCUAGGAAAACAAAGUGGUUUGAUUCUUGUAAGUAACCACAAUGUGAUCCUGCCACUUCCAGAAAACCAGGAAGAAGUUAUCUAAUGACAUAAACAUGGGGGAAGAGUUGAGCUAAGAAGUGGAAAUGUCUUGGAAACAAAUGCUUAACAACGUAGGAUGCAAACAUACAUACAUACACAUGUUUAUAACAACAGUUUUUGUACCUACUUAUCCACCAGCACAGCCCAACAUUGUGUUUAAAUUUUAUAAUAAAAGGCGUCAGUGCGAUUAGAAGUAGAACAAUUUAAUAUAAGUCGUAAUUUAUGAUAUCCCACAUGUUUAUAUACUAAUUAUAUUAUAUCAUCGUACUUCCGAUCAUUAAAAAAAGCUUGAAAAUAAAGCAAUUGACCGUCUUAAAGAUCCCUAUGUUUCUAGUUUCUGCUUCUUAUUCUAAGCACAUUAAGUGUUAUAAUAUGAUAUCCUUAAAUUUUGUCUGCCAACUUGCAUCACCUUAUUUGCACGAACAGUAAUUCUUUGAUCUCUUCUUUGAUGAUCUCUUGACUUAGAGUACUAUUCGGUUUCUCAACCUCAGGCUUUCCCUUUAAAUUUCGUUUCCUUUCAUCGGCCAAAUUCGAUCUCUCUUAAAAUAUACUACCGAAACUUCUUUCUCGUCACUUCGAGCUCCACCCGACUAAUCUUGCUCUAAUAUCUCAGAAAAAUGGCACCUAGCAAGCUAUCUUCCCCACACUCCAAUUCAACUUGGACAGCCAAACAAAACAAAUUGUUUGAAAACGCUCUGGCAACAUAUGAUAGGGAAACCCCUGAUCGUUGGAGUAAUAUAGCCAGAAUUGUUGGAGGGAUGACUGAAGAGGAAGUGAAGAGGCAGUAUGAGAUCCUUCUAGCGGACAUAAACCGCAUUGAGUCAGGAAAAGUUCCCCUUCCCAAGUAUAGGAAAGUUGGAGAAAGCAACAUCAGCAGUGGAGAAGAGAGGCGGAGUUGCACUAUCAACAUGCACGUCGCUCAUAUCUUUUGUUCAUAUACUGGCAGUAAAUCUGUUCAUUGAUGAAGAUUUGCAACAGUAGAAAGCACUUAACCUCAGAAAACACUACAAGCUUUGUGUAUAAUAACUUCCAUUACCUUCUACAGGCUAAAGACCCUAAAGCUCUAAAGGAAGAUGCCCUCCAGCGGUAGACACAGCACCAAUUUCCUCUUGAAGUGGAUCUAGCAGUUAACCAAACUCUGCACCCCUUCCCAUUCCCUCCGAUCUUUUCCCUGUAACUUCUAGAUGCAGAAUACUUUUCUUUGUCUUGUUUGCACAUGUAACAAGGAAGAAUCUCUGCAUAUGCAAGUGCUUAUUUAUUUAUAAUCAUCAUUAAUUAAAGAAAGCACGUACUACUAUUA